UCUCGCGGCUGUGCGCGCAGCCUUCGGUCCGUCCGUGGUGCGCAUGCGCAGGCCGUGACCCCGAGCGGGCCGUGACCUGACCCCAGCAUGGCGGCGCUCCUCUUGCUGCGCCAAGGGCGGGCGGCGGCGCUCAAGGCGCUUCUAGACACCCACAGAACUCGAGGACUCGCUUCCACGGUUUCUCUCGCUGCAGAAUCAGGGAAGUCGGACCGGGCACAGUCCCCAAGCUCCAAGAAGCAGAGUCCGCCCAAAAAGCCGGCCCCCGCCGCGGCCCCCCCGGAGCCCUUCGACAACAGCAAGUACCGGAACCUGCAGCACCACGAGUACACGCCGUACACCUUCCUAGACGUGAACACGCAGCUGGCCGGCCAGCGCCUGCCCCAGCCGUCCUCGGGCCGAGAGUCCCCACGCCACUGACGUGACGCCACGCCGGCCCCAUAAAGAAAUAAAGAGAAGCUUUAACGUAGGGU